GGGAACACGCUCACAGAGAGCGGGUCGUGCGCAAACUCACACGGAGACAGAAACAUCAAAUCUAUCUAUAGCUCUUGGUGUAAAGGGAUCUACAGCACCUCUCCUCAGGUCCCUCUCGGCGGCUCCGGCGCCCCCCGGCGCCCCCAGACCCCCCGGCCUCCAGCUCCGAGGUGGGAGGCGGAGAGCAGCAGCAGAGACAGGAGGACGAGGAGGAGGAGGAGGAGGAGGAGGAGCCGUCGCAGGAUGAAGGAUCGGACUCAGGAGCUGCGGAGUGCGAAAGACAGUGAUGAUGAGGAGGAGGUCGUCCACGUGGAUCGGGACCACUUUAUGGAUGAGUUCUUUGAACAGGUGGAAGAGAUCCGAGGCUGCAUUGAGAAACUGUCGGAAGAUGUAGAGCAGGUGAAAAAACAGCACAGUGCCAUCCUGGCCGCCCCCAACCCAGAUGAGAAGACCAAACAGGAACUGGAGGACCUCACUGCAGACAUCAAGAAGACGGCCAACAAGGUUCGGUCCAAGUUGAAAGCGAUCGAGCAAAGCAUCGAACAAGAGGAGGGACUGAACCGUUCCUCCGCGGACCUGCGCAUCCGCAAGACCCAGCACUCGACGCUCUCCCGGAAGUUUGUGGAGGUAAUGACCGAAUAUAACGCGACCCAGUCCAAGUAUCGGGACCGCUGCAAGGACCGGAUCCAGCGACAGCUGGAGAUCACCGGCAGGACCACGACCAAUGAAGAACUGGAAGACAUGCUGGAGAGCGGGAAACUGGCCAUCUUCACGGAUGAUAUCAAAAUGGACUCGCAGAUGACAAAGCAGGCACUGAACGAGAUUGAGACGAGGCACAAUGAGAUCAUCAAACUGGAAACCAGCAUCCGCGAGCUGCACGACAUGUUCGUGGACAUGGCCAUGCUUGUGGAAAGCCAGGGGGAGAUGAUUGACCGCAUCGAGUACAACGUGGAACAUUCCGUGGACUAUGUGGAGCGAGCUGUGUCCGACACCAAGAAAGCUGUGAAAUAUCAGAGCAAGGCGCGGAGGAAGAAAAUCAUGAUCAUCAUUUGCUGUGUGGUGCUGGGGGUGGUCUUGGCGUCAUCCAUUGGGGGGACGCUGGGAUUGUAGGCCCCUCACCCCUAUCUCUCCCAGACCCUUCCCCCACCACAUUGGGAGCAAUACCCCCAUCACCCCUUUCACUCCAUCCCCUGCUCCGAGCUCACCCCCAGAACAGACCCAGGCAACCCCACUCCCUCCUCCACCCACGGCAGACCCUGGAGUUCCUGGGCCUCACCCUGCCCUGGACCACCCCCUGCCCCUGCACGUAGAUAGCAGCAGGCGUGAUCACACAUGCACACCAACAUGCAUGCCGCCGGCACAUGCUCGAGACGUGUGGACACCCCAGCGUGUGUGUACAUGUGUAGAUGUGUAGAUGCACCGAAUCACGAAUCACCCCUCUUGCCCCCACCUUGAGUCUGUGUGUGGGCUGAGCUUCCCCUUCACCUGGGUUGUUGUGUAGACUGUUCCUGAGUACAACAUAGCAGCCCACCACACCCUGGUUUGUCUUCAGUGAAUAGGUGUGUGUGUGUGUGUGUGUGGGUAUGUGUGUGGCCACAGAUUUGUAGACACACAGUUUGUGUACAUGGAAUUUUGUGUUUGAGUGUUUGAACCUAAUGCAACAGCAAUUCCUCCACUGACACCUCCUCCCCCGUCUGCUACAAAUGAGGCGGGUAGUGUGUGUGUGUGCAGAUGUUCUACAUUCUCAAAGGAUUCAGGGAGGCCCAGAGACACAUGGGCCAUGGCAGACACUCCACGUGAUUAGAACAAACCCUCCUGGCUUAGACACCCCAGGGGCUGCUGUGUGCCCCAGGGAGGGUGUAUGUGCGUGUGUAUGUGUGUGUGUGUUUGUGUGUGUAUGUGUGUGUGUGUGUAUGUUGUGGGCUUUGGAGAUCCCCAGAGGUGAAUGGAAGUAUAUACUUGUAAAUGACCUAGCUUGGCCUACAUAGACACGCAUUUUCCCCAAUAGGUGAUAGGAGGUACGUGUGUAUGCGUGUGCGUACAUCUGUCUUGUCUGAAGUAUUGAUAAGUUUUCUUAGAGCCCUCCACAUCAUGGACUGGACACCUUUUUGGGUGGGUACAGAUAUCUAUAUUUCUAUGCUACCUGGAAUACAGUGUGUGAGGGUGUGUGUGUGUGUGUGUGUGCAUACAUGUCUGUUUAGGGGCUUUCUACAUAGUGUGUUUCUGUCCCCUGUGUACACACACAUACACUUGUUUGUUUUUAAGGACAUGUGCCCUAUUCCUGUUUGUUUAUCCAGAUUUAUUUGUCCCCCUCCCUUUCUGCAGAGCUGCUGACCAAUGUGGCUGCACACACUGCUAUAUCCACAUUGCCCUGCCCAACCUCAGGGCCCCUGUGCACACAUACCCAGAUCCUUAUCUUUCUCUGUGUCUCUGCCCAGGGACAGGCCUGAAUCUGUGACAGCUCAAUGUACUCACACAUACCAAGGCUGAAGAGGUCCCAGGAAGGUAGCCACACCCAGGCACAACAUGUAUACUGGGGCACCCAUGCAUGCUGAUGUUGGCAUGGUGUCCCUUCAGGUCUGUACCCAUUUUUACACAAAUGCCUCCCAGAAAGACAUUUGUAGGGAUGUUACUGAUGAGGUGAGAUGUCAAGAGCUGCCCUCAGUCAGAUGGAAAAUAAGGGCAUUGACCCUUCCUGCCUCUUCCACACCCCCCUUGAACCUGGGAGAAGCAUUUGUCUUCACUAUCCUACCCUAUGCUCUGGGCUCUUCCUCAGGAAACUUGGGUUUGGGCAACUGUUGAUUUCAGAUUUACUGGAGUGGCCAGUGUGGGUUAAGUCCUGGGCCCCAUCCCCUAGACACCUCUCCUGCUGAAAUAUCAUCAAUGGCCAUUCCCCACACCAGGGGUAAGAUUGAGGGAUGUAGACUUGGUUUUCUGAUGGUGAGGAAAGGGUUAAUUUCUUCUUUGUGGUGUAGAUAGCAUAUGCAUAGUUGGUGGGUUUUGUAUUUGGUGAUAGUAGAGGGUAGACGGGGAAAGGACAGUGUUGGAAACCCACCCCCUCCCAAUGGCCCAGGAACAAAUAGGC